AAUAAAUCACAGUCUAGCUACUCCCCCUGGCUCUCCUCCCCCCGCCCCCGGCCCCUCUAUAGCGGGAGGGGCGGAGGGGCCGCCAGCAGAGCGCCGCGGCCGCCGGGACGAGCAGAGCAGCGCCUGCCCGCGUCCUCCAGCCGCCCCAGCAUGGACCUUCGCGCCCUGGCGCUGCUCGCCUUCGCCCUGGCCGUCAUCUCGCUCUCGGAGGAGAAACCCGUCAGCCUGACUUACCGAUGUCCCUGUCGAUUCUACGAGAGCAACGUGGCAAGAGCCAAUAUUAAGCACCUCAAAAUCCUCUCCACACCCAACUGCUCACUUCAGAUUGUUGCAAGGCUCAAGAGCAACAGCAAGCAAGUGUGCAUUGAUCCCAAGUUAAAGUGGAUCCAGGAAUAUCUGGAGAAAGCUUUAAACAAACCACGUCAUCGCACUCAUAAAAAAAAGCAACAGAAGAAACGGGGCCCACUCUGCCCUUCCCGUGCAACACCACUAAAGUCUCCAGGGAGAAAGAAUGGAGGUUCAAGAUGUAAGAGGCAAGCAUUGUAAACCGUCUACAGGAUUUCUUACUGUAGGACCCAGAGAGCAGAUAACCAGUAUUAGGGAAUGAAUACAUUUCACUGCUAACAUGCAGCACAAAAGCAACGCUUCACGCAUUUCCAAAGGUUUUUUCUUGGUUGUUUUUGGUGGGGUUUUUUUUUGUUUGGCUUUUUUCCCCUUGCACAAAUUGGCUUGCUUUCAUAGUGCUAUUUUUAUAUAGUAAGAUGUAACUAUUUGAGAAAAAAUACGAAUUUAUACAGGUUGGUUUAUUACCUAGCACUGGGGGCAGAUACCAAAUUAAACUAACCCUCUUAUUAUAAAAGAUAUUAUUUCCUUUUUUGUGUAGAGGUCCUGCUUUAUUUAACUUCUUUUGGUUCAUGCAAGUCUCCUGGAGUUUUAAACCUAGAAGGACAUGAACUGUACAGUGCAAUGAUGUUGUGUAAGUAGUGGUGGAACUCCUUGCCUCCAGAAGUCAAGAGGCCAAGAACAUAGGAAGGCUCAAAAGCAUCAGACUGAUGACAGUGGACAACAUUACCCCGAGUGGCAUUUACAGAUAUUUUGGGUGAGUGAUUAAACACAGGGCUACAGGGCUAAAGCCCUUCUCUGAAGAUCAGAACCCUUGCUGACAGCUGUGAGCAGCUGGAUCAAUACACAUCUGGUAUUGCAAGGUGAUAAUACUUGGUUUGUAGUAGUUGUGUGUAUUAGGAGCCACAACACAGUUCUGAUGUCAUCUGACAUUUCCUAUGUUCCUGUGUUUCUGAUGAUAAAUUUAGCAAAAAAAAAGGAAUGGGUUAUUAGAGCUGUAACCACACGUUACAAGUGUUGCAAGUUGCUGGAGGAGUCAGAUAUGCUGCCAUGCACCAGGGAUCUCCCACCCACCCACAGGAGGUGACUUCAGCUUGCCUGUCUGGCUUUGCACUGAAGUAGGCUGAGAUUUAUUCACUCUUCACCAACGAGGUCGUACCUGCCUGAGGGUAAUCACAUCCCUGAUUGCUCUGGAGAUACCCAGAAGAGGAUAUCUGGCCACAUCUUGGAGAAAAGAGAGGCUUGGCGCAAGAGAGGGUCUGUGCAGUUUGUGGAAGGAGAGGUGGAAAUGAAGGCCAACACUCACAGUUCGCCAGUUAUCAUGGGUUUGCUGGUGAACAGGAUAGCCUCUGGAACUCCCUUUGCAAAGCACAGCCUGGGACAGGCACCACUCCUUGCACCGAUCCCCUAAGCCAGAAGUUUCUUUCUCCUUAUUCCUUCCUGUACACACAAUAUCUGCUAUGGUAUGGAAAGACAUCUGCAGCACUGCAAUAAUCAUGUCAUGCUGUGCACUGAGAUCUGGGGGGAAGCACAUUUGUGCAGCACAAUGCUUGUGUUUGUAUGUAUCUGUGUUUGUAUUGUAAACAAAAAAAUGUUGUAAGAUUGUCUUUUUUAAGCUGGUUGAUUCAAAAGAAAUCUUCCCUCUUCCCUGCAGCCUGUGUCAGGAACACUGAGAGGAGUGUUUCACACUCCUUUUUGUGGUAGGCAUCUUUAGUGCCAAAGAGGCGCUUUGGCUAUCCAGGAACUCCAGUAUUUCCAUGUGGAUUCAGGUAAAAAUCUUGUCUUUUCCUUUCUGCAAAACAGGGCUAUUGCAGAGAGGCCUUCAGCUGGGAACACCUCACCUCAUUUGCUUUAAAGCAGAAACAAACUGCUGUGCCUAAAAUAUUUGUGUUUGUGAUUUUGACAUUCCUUUUGUUUUUGUUACCAGCCUGGUGCUUUAAGUAUAUUGUGUCUGUGUUUUGAAAGGUCUGGUACCACUGUAUGUGAUGAGAUUGGAGUUUUGAUUUAAUAUUAGUAGGAUCAGAUCCUCUCCUGGAAGGGGAAAGAAAGAAAGACAUUUUAUGAGAAAACCAGAGUUUUUUCUAUGUUCCCUGGACUGUAUUUGAUAUCCUAGGCUCCAUUCCCUGUCCCACACAUGCACCUGCAUUUGCCAGUGGUUUGCCAGAGGUGGACAUGUGAGUGUCCAAGCCAAGAAUGACUGCAGAAAAACUUCCAGGAAAGUGCAUCCUUCACACAUAACUUCUGUCAAAGGACAGCCUGAGAUCUGAUUGAGUCCCAUUGCAGUAAAUGGAGAAUUAAAUAAUCCUCUGAUUUUGAUUCAGCAGCAUGCCCUGCUCAUGAUGAUAGGGGCCACGACCGUUUUGUUUCCAGGGAAACUUUGGCAUUCUGGUGAGAAGGUGGGCUAGGUAGAUGUGACUGCACAGCCUUGCCAGUGCUCUGCUGCAGUCCUCAUUAACAGGGAGUGCAUCUGGGGUCAGCACCAGUAGGGCCAGGUCCCUGGGAUCAUGCCAACCCCACAUUACUGCUUUGACAGGAGCACUGAGGGGGGCAGUGCUGAAGCACCCCGGCCAAACCCAGGCACCUGGCUCUGGACAGUAUUGCCAGGCAGUGGAGGUACUGCAGGAAAGGGGGGCUCCUGUCAGCCUUCUCCUCUAGGGGCUGCAGGGCUAAAGCAAGGGCAUUUGUUCCUGGGGAAAAUGCAUGAGGAGCAGCAGGAGGAAAAUGCACUCCAUGGAAGGCAAGGGACCUUUUACAGCUGGGUGUUUGUGUGUGCUUUGGGGGCUGUCUGCCCCAGCCCACACAGAGACUGGGCCCUGACACCUCUGUGCCAGUGAUGCUUCACUUCUCAGGUAUCUGAGACCACUCAGGGCAUGGGGCUGCUCUCAGGGGCUAGCAGUGUGACCCUCCCUCACCUGGGCAAGGUUGAGCACAGCAUGAAUGCAGAGGUGACACAGACCUGGCCAGAGACUUAAGUGAGAACCUUUUAAAAGCUUUCUCUUGUUUUGGACCAAAUUCAACCUUGAGUGGGAAGCUUUGCUGUUAGCCUGACAUUAUUUGCAUGAUGCACUGUGGAGAGCAGCCUUACUCUUUGCAGCAGAGGGAUCAAUCACUGGGCUGCCCCAGUGUACCACAUGUUUGUCCCAUUCAUGUCACUACCAGAGCAGGCUGAGAAGCAGCCCUGGCAGCAUCUCACUUGGGGAGAGCCCCUGGUUUUCCCUUCUGCCUUUAACUGUUGACCAAAGACAGAGUUGGGGAAAGGAAGCGUCAGGAGAUGGGAGUGAGGUAGCGACCACAUGUGAACAGGGGGGAAAAGAGAUAACACUGAACCAUGCUGAAAAGGCAGCUUCCAUGAAUGUGAAAUCAUCACGUGGGUAUUUUCAAUGUGCAGCUGUCAAAUCCCAGUUUUAAGAGUAGAUGGUAUUUAUUGCUGUGUCAGUUUUUUAUUUAUACUAGCUUUAUACUUUUAUGUAUGAAUAUCUUAUCUGAAUUCUGCCUGAGGAAGAAUGAAAUGAAGGGUGACUUUGAUGUGUUUUUGAUUAAGGUGAUUGAGCAAAGGUGACUGUUUAUUUUGCAAUGAAAGUGUUUUUCAAAGUUAAAUAUACAAAUUUUGUUGAAAAUGCAGUACCUAGAGAAGUUUUUGUUGCCAAUUUCCCUUUAUUAGCCUCUAGAAGGUCCUUUUCUCUGGCAACUCGUUUUGAGUGAUGUGAUUUAUAGCAGUCAAGGGUUUUUGGAACUCAUCAUCUAAAAUUUGAUUAUUUUUUCUUAAUCAACAUCCCACCAAGAUAAUCCUUGUCUGAAAACAUGAAACUUUGGUUGCCACAGAGAAGAAAACAUGUAUCAUUAUAAAAGAGCUGUAUGAACCUCCCAUCUUUCAUUCCUUGAGAACUCUGUGUUGUCAGAAUGUGGUAAAUACUGUACUUUAUAUUUUUAUUAAGUAAAAAGAAGUAUCUUCCCAAAUAAUGUGAAAAGGGAUUUGUAUUUGUGUUCUUGUAAGGCAGCUUUUAUGGAGGAGUUAUAUUAUGCUUUUGAAAUUACUCCUUUCAUAGAAAAUUUUGAAAAUAAACACUUUUAUAUUGUUGUAAUUUCUCACAUAAAUGUGUAUGCACUUAAAAUUUUCUUAAUAAAAAGAUAUGUCUGAAUAAA